AUGCCCACCGUAAAAUAUCCAAUUCCAACACAGCUGUUCAUCCAUGACAAGCUUGUGGACAGCCAUUCUUCAGAGCGACAUUCAAUCUACAAUCCCGUGGACGACAGUCUCUUUUGCGACCACGUUCAGUAUGCUACUGCGGAAGACGUGGAUGCCGCGGUGGAUGCCGCAACUGCCGCCUUUAAUGGGCCCUGGCGCACAUACACAGCUGCUCAGCGGGGCGAGACUCUUCUUGACUUGGCUGCUCUACUUCUCGCGCAUAAAGAGGAGUUAGCCUGGCUGGAUGCGACUCCCAGUGGCAAGCCAAUCUCGGCUGCCAUCAAGGAGAUUGAAAUGGGAGCCGGGAUCCUGAAAUAUUACGCCGGCUGGACGGACAAGUAUGCUGGUGAAUCAUUCCCAGCCGAUGAUGGCUUCUUGAAGAUCGUGCGCCAUGAGCCUCUCGGCGUCACCGUCAGCAUCAACCCAUGGAACGGGCCUAUCGUAAUACUCUGCCUCAAGCUCGGACCUGCUCUGGCCACGGGGAAUGUGAUGAUCAUCAAGCCCAGCGAGAAGACACCUUUCGGAGCGAUACGUCUAGCCGAGCUCGCAACUUCAGCCGGCAUUGUGCCCCCAGGAGUCAUCCAGGCCCUUCCUGGGGCUGGUGCUACGGGCGCCUUGCUCGCGAGUCAUAUGAAAGUGCGAAAGGUCAGUUUCACCGGGUCUAUAGCCACUGGUAGACGCAUCCAGCAGGCAGCUGCCAGCAGUAAUCUCAAGCGGGUGACACUAGAGCUGGGCGGAAAGUCGCCCGCGGCCAUCUUUGAAGAUUGUAACUUUGACAACGCGAUCUGGUGGUCGACCUUUGCUAUCACGCACAAUUCUGGACAGGCCUGCUACGCUGCGAGUCGUCUUUACGUUCAGGAAAACAUCGCUGACAGGUUCAUCAACGCCUUCACCAAGGCCAUGUCGGAAAAGAUCAGCCAGAUGGGGGAUCCCAGCAACCCAGAUACCCAACUCGGUCCGCUGGCAGAUAAGGGCCAGCUGAGUCGAGUUGUCUCUUUCUUCGAGCACGACGACGGCAAAACAAGAGUUCUCGUUGGUGGUAAGCAGCAUGGAGAUAAAGGGUGUUACUGGGAGCCCACGGUGCUCCUCAACCCGAAAGACGACGCUCAAAUGUAUCAAGAAGAAAUAUUUGGGCCGGUGGUAUGCAUCAAGAUGUUCAAGGACGAGGCAGACUUCCUACGCAUGGCCAACGACUCGGAAUUUGGUUUGAUGGCAGGCGUCUUCACGCAGGAUAUCAACCGUGCUAUGCGUCUCUCGGCAGCCCUGGAUAGCGGCGUGGUGGGUAUCAACUGCGUCAGUUAUAUCAAUGUACAAGCUCCUUUUGGCGGUAGCAAACAAUCAGGGAUAGGCCGAGAGAUGAGCCACUACGCCUUGCGCAGCUUCACGGAGCCGAAGACUGUGCUUGUUAAUAUGACCUAUUAA